AUGACUUUUGUAGCACCGGUAGAGAUCACAACGAAGUGGCAGUCGAAGAUCGAGUUCAAGGGGAAGUACGUCCGCUUCGUUGCCUUCUUCGUGUUGGUCCUCUGCAUCGUCUCCCUGCUGGCCCUGGUUGCCGUCCUCCAUCUCCACGCCGUCUCCCAUCAGCUCAGGUCCCAGGUCGAAGACUUGCAGGGACAGAUCCAGGGCCUGCGGGGGAACUUGGAAGACUUGCAAUCCCAAAUUAAUAGAGUCGAGUCUGGGUAUGGCAAUGAGGACUUGUCUAGAGAAGACUUCCUAGGCUUCCUCCGAGAGGAAAGGUCAGCAAAACAUGCCCUGGGCGAAGAAGAUAUGCUCGAGGAAGCCCGAGCCCGAGACCAAUUGAUCCCGUGGAAUGAACGAAACCUUCUGCCAGAAGAAAACUUGCAUAUUGAGAAACGGAGUCCCAAAGGCGAACGAGGUAUGAAGCAGAAGAGCCAUGGCGUCCCAAAACAGCAGACGAGAAACGGUGGGCCCAUUCCGGGCUGGACCUACGAAGAGGAAUCGAACCUUCGCGUCCACUUCAACGAGAAGAGGACGAACGUCCAGCUUCAGCACCCGGGCGUCUACUUCGUUUACGCUCAACUAUAUUACAUCAACAACAACAUCUCCCACGGCUUCGACAUAUUUUACCAAAAGGAGAACUUGGACACCAAGCCUUCCAUCCUGAGUUCUUGCAGCGUCUCGACGGCGAGCUCGGGCGCUUCUUGCUUCACGGCCACCAUCGCCCCUCUGGAUGCCCACGACCAGGCAAGAGUGUUCGUCCAACAACGGCAGGAAGCCCGCAACAUCGACCUCAACUUGGGGAAGUCGUACCUGGGCAUCGUCCGGCUGGGCGACCUCCCCAACGCCGUUCGGCACCGGAAGCAUUCUUGCAAGCCCGUUGAAAUCACAACGAAGUGGCAGUCGAAGAUCGAGUUUAAGGGGAAGUACGUCCGCUUCGUUGCCUUCUUCGUGUUGGUCCUCUGCAUCGUCUCCCUGCUGGCCCUGGUUGCCGUCCUCCAUCUCCACGCCGUCUCCCAUCAGCUCAGGUCCCAGGUCGAAGACUUGCAGGGACAGAUACAGGGCCUUCGGGGGGACCUGGACGACUUGCAGUACCAGAUCACCAUCGUCAAGGCUUGCCAAAACUUGCAAGACUCUCCGGGAGAGGAAUUGUCUGUGAGAGAUCUCCUUCAGGACCCAGAAGAUGAAGAUAUCGAGAAGGAAGGGCCGAUAACGGAGGAAUUCUUUGGGGAAGAAGACUUGAUAGACGAUAGAAACCUGGAUGGAGACAAAUCAGGCGAGGACUUGCUGGCAGGAGAGUCCAAGAAUAGAGAGAAACGGAGCCCCCGAAAACAAGAAUCUGAAGAACGGAAGAAAGACCGGAAAGGGAACCGCGACCGCCACAGGCAUCGACAAGAGAUUGAUGAUGGGAAGAUCCCAGAUUGGCGACAUGAAAUUGACUCCAAUUUACUCGUGGAAUUGAAUUCGAACAAGACGGCCAUCAGAAUCCGGGAAUCCGGUCUCUACUUCAUUUACGCCCAACUGUAUUACUUCAAUGAAGAGCGGUCGAAUGGCUUCGAGCUGUGCCACCAGAGCGAUGGCUUGAACGCGAAGCCGGUGAACCUGAGUACCUGCAGUGUAUCGACUGCGCGUCAAGCGGCGACCUGCUUCACGGCCGCCGUCAAGGUGUUCAUCCAGCAGCGGGAAAAGUCACGCAAGAUCAGUUUGGACCCGGGGAGGUCGUUCCUGGGCCUCGUCCGCCUGGGCGAGGCGCCUCAAUCCCUUCAAAAUGGCAAAACCGACAUCUGCGCGCCCGUGGAGAUAACAACCAGGUGGCAGUCGAAGAUCGAAUUCAAGGGGAGAUACGUCAGAUUUGUAGCCUUCUUCGUUUUAGUGCUAUGCAUCGUCUCUUCGCUGGCACUGGUUGCCGUUCUCCACCUCCACGCCGUCUCCCACCAGCUCAGGUUCCAGGUUGAAGAGCUGGAGGGACAAGUUCGGAGUCUUCGGGGAAACCUGGAAGACUUGCAAUUCCAAAUCACUAGAGUCAAGUCUGAGCAAGAUAGGAAAGACUCUCCGAGAGAGGAAUCGCUGUUGGAAGACUUCCUGGAGGGUCUAGAGGAGGAAGACUUCACGAAGGAAAGCUCCAAGGAAGAUACAUUUUUCCUCGAGGAUGGAAGUGUGGACGAAGGCAGUUUGGACGAAGUCCUGCUGGCAGAAGGAUACAUCAAUAGAGAGAAACGGAGUCCCCAAGAACGAGGACGGAAAGGAAAAAGCCGUGACCGCCAGAAGCAUCAUCGACAAGAGAGUGACGAUAUUUUACUUGGAAAUGGCCUUGCAGAUGGACAAAUCCCAGACUGGCAGUACGAAGCAGAGUCAAAUCUGCGCGUGCAAUUCAACUCGGAGAAGACAGCAAUACGUCUCGAAGAGCCAGGCGUCUACUUCAUUUAUGCUCAACUUUAUUACCUGAACUACGAAGGCUCCAACGGCUUUGAGCUCUAUUACCGCAGUGACAACAUAAACGCAAAGCCUGCCAUCCUGAGCACUUGCAGCGUAUCGACGGCACGCACAGGCUCUUCCUGCUUCACAGCCACAGUCAAGGCCCUCAGCAAAGACGAUCAGGCAGGUGUGUACAUUCAGCAGCGGGAAGCAUCACGCAACAUCGAUCUCAACCCGGGGAAGUCAUACCUCGGUAUCAUCCGCCUGGGCGAUAAGCAACCCCAGCUUUCCCAACAUGGGAAGCGCAAGGACAUCUGUGAUUAAUUCAAUUCACCUUCCUCUUCAGAAUAACGUGAUAUCCACUCGUAGUCCUUGUAACAUUAGACAUUUCAAAUGUCGUGAGCAGUCGAUUUUUUAUUCGCUCAUGGGCGUGUUGGAAGGAUGGCAAGAGCAUUGACGAGACUUUAGUCACAUGCUACUGAUGAAGGAACUUUUGUUAAAAAGUUUCUGUUUUGUUGAAGGUGCAUUUUUGAGAAUGCACCAGAAGGUGAAUGAAAGGUGAUGUGCAUACUCUGUGAUGUGUACUGCAGUAAUUUUUCAGCUGGAAUAUCAGUCUGGAAGAUUGUGAUGUCAGUCUAUGUAGACUUGGUAGACCUAAUGUGGCAUCUAAUGGUGAACUGCAUGAGAGUGACACCAUUUGUACCUGGUCAUGGAAUUCAUUCGAGCAAUUUAUUUGCAAAACUGUGGUGAAAGGAAUUUCCAAGGUCAAGCAAAGGGCCUUAUCAAAAACUUUGCACUUGAACCUUCAACUGUGGAAAUACAUUGUUUCGAUAUUCUUCUAGAUUUUCAGGGAUUUUUUAAAAUGUAUAACUCCGUGAAUCAUGCAGGUUUUUUUUUCAAUAUGCAGAUCUUUGUUUUGAUGGAAAUUUGAUCGCUUAGAAAAUAUUGUCACUGCCAUUGUUCUUGCUCUCGUAGUUAGUGUCCUGUCAGCUUCAUUUAUUUCUUUUUUGGUGAAAGAUAUGUAUGUUUGCUGCAAACUCUACACAGCCAUCAUGGUGAUCUCUAUAUAUUAUUAAUUGCUUAGGCUAAGUCAGGGAUUUCUCUCACUCAGCCAAAGUUGUGAACAUGAGGGCAUUAGUAUGUGCAAUAUGUUUUAUGAGAAAUUGAUUCGGAUUGAUACUGUCCUUUCAAAUCAAAGUCAAGAUUAUGAAAGAGUUACACAGAUCCACAACAUGAAUAUGAAAUGUGAUCUUCCAGUUACUCUGUCCAAAAGAGUAAAGUUCAAUGCUGCCUUAUGUUGAGUCAUAAUGUCUCUUGUUAGUAUGGACUUCAGGAGAUAGGCAAAUUAUUUCAGAGCAAGGGAAAUUUCUAGUUUAUCAAAGAACCUGACCAAGUGAGCAAAGCAUUCCUUUUUUUUCUAUGUGAAUGAGAAUCACUGACUGAGUUUUGUUCUGGAAUAGGGAGAAUGGCCAAUUGACUCAUGAACAUUUCCAAAGAAAUAGGAGUUAUGGAAUCAUGAUGUUCAUUUAAAAGAGUGAAUUUUAUUAUAGGUUUAAUGGGAUUUCUCCUGGGGUUGGGAACUUACCUUGUCUGCUUUAACAUGAGAGCCUUUGGAUUUUAGGAGUUUGUUGCAUUUCAUAAUACAUUUCUGACCAGUCAACUCAACUCUCAUUAAUCCAGUUGCCAACAAUCCAGCACUACAAAAUGAAAGCCACAAGUAACCUCUAAGCCCAUGUAAAUUUUCUUUGCCUGAAUCCAUUUCAUCCACCUUUAAUCCAUGGCUCAAGUAAAUACUGACACAUGCUCUAGUCCCCUAGGCUAUUCAUACUCCAGUUAAUUAAUUUCCCAGGCAUCAAUAAAGCAGGAAAAAAUUCUCAAACUUCUGUCUGCCCCCUCUCUCUGCAGCAAUCUGCAAAUUCCCCUUUUAUCUACUGCUCUUGGCUUUAAAAGUUUUCUGCCUAAAGCAAGCCAUCAAAUUUGUUCAAUGUGACUUGUUUUAUGAAUUCCUGAGCACAUAGAAACAAGAAUGACAUUGCAAAUCUCCAUGGUAUCUUGAGGG